AAACCUCAUCGCAAAAUGAGAUGGCGCGAUCUAUAUUGGCCGUGACGCGUCGCUCUGUGAUUGAAGUUGAACACAGCCAGACCAAUUUAACUGGAGAGAGCAGCUGAUGAGCGGAGUCUCCAGCAUCUCUUCUUGAAGAAGCAAGUAAUCUUCUGUUCGUCGGAUCUCAUAUAGUCACCGAUCCGCCCUUUGAUUUCAGCGAUCAGCCGAUAUGGAUAUAUCUACAAUGGACCGUGGACAACUUACUCUACUAGGAUCUGCAGGUUGCGUAAUGCUUUCAAUGCAUUUUACGGUCCAGCUCGUAUCACAGCAUCUGUUUUACUGGAAGAACCCAAAGGAACAAAAGGCCAUAAUCAUUAUCGUCCUUAUGGCUCCAAUAUAUGCUGUUGACUCAUUUGUAGGGUUGUUAGAUUUCCAGGGAAGUAAAGCAUUCUUUAUGCUUUUGGAGUCAAUUAAGGAAUGCUAUGAGGCUCUGGUGAUUGCUAAGUUCCUGGCUUUAUUGUAUAGCUACUUGAACAUAUCCAUCAGCAAAAACAUAGUGCCAGAUGGAAUUAAAGGGAGAGAAAUCCACCACUCAUUCCCAAUGACACUUUUCCAGCCUCGAACCGUCCGUCUGGAUCACCAUACACUGAAGCUUCUCAAAUAUUGGACAUGGCAGUUUGUUGUCAUCCGUCCUGUAUGCUCCAUUUUGAUGAUAACACUACAGAUUCUUGGGAUAUAUCCCAAUUGGUUGAGCUGGACAUUCACCAUCAUUCUUAACAUUUCAGUUUCACUGGCUCUUUAUUCCCUUGUCUUGUUUUAUCAUGUGUUUGCAAAGGAGUUGAAACCACACAAGCCCCUGACAAAGUUCAUGUGCGUCAAAGGGAUUGUUUUCUUCUGCUUUUGGCAGGGCAUUGUGCUCGAGAUUCUAGUUGCACUGGGCAUCAUUCGAUCACACCAUUUCUGGUUAGAUGUGGAGCACAUUCAAGAAGCUAUUCAGAAUGUCUUGGUUUGUGUCGAGAUGGUUGUCUUCUCUGUUCUCCAGCAGUAUGCAUACCAUGUUGCACCCUAUAGUGGAGAUAUGGAAGCAAAACUGAAACUAAGCAAGAAGCGUGAAUAACAUUCAAGACCUGAAACGAAAUGGAGAAAUGCAAUAUAGAAUAUAUGCUUAGAAAUGCAUUUCUGAGUAUUGCACUUCUUAAUUGCCUGUGGCACUGGAGAGGCGCUUUAGCAACAAUUCACGGCAUUAUUCUAAAAGACAGGACGAUUAUAUAUGAUUACCAGGCUGUUGUUACGGCUGCUGUAAUGCAUUUCGUGAGUAUAUGUUUUGUUUCUUCUGCUGUGACAGUUAGAAGUUUGGUGAUGAUAUUAUGGAAGGCUGAUGCGAGCAACUACCAUUUACCUGGCCUGAUGUUUACUUCGUCAAAAAACAUUUGUGUUGUUUUUGGUAUGUUACUCGACAUGUUCUUGUAUGAUUUUCAUUUUUUCUAUUUCUGGAAAUUAGAAAAUAAUUCUUAUAUUUUUUGCUU